AUGGUGUUUGCCGACUACCUUCUGAAGCGCUGCUUUUUGCGGAAAAGACGGGUGCAAUCGCUGGACCAGAGCCCAGCCCCGCUGGUGACACAGGAAGUGCAGGACGCCGUCGCUGCGGAGCCCGGCGAAGGGACAGAGGCGCCUGCGGAAACAGGCGCGGAGGCCCUGGGGAAUGGACAGGAGGACAGUCCCAUGGCCUCCUCGCAAGUUAAUCUGCCGAUUCUGGGAGCGCCAAAGCAACGCGGGAUGGGCGGGGCAGAGCAUUCCCCUGCGACGCAUAGCGUGGAUCGCAGCGAUAUCGAAGAUGACGAUAUCGUGUUGGAGGAGGAACAAAAGAAAACGGCAACCACCAACAUUCCGUUGAAGCAUGACACAUUACUAUUAAACGAUGGUCAAAACGACGACAACAGUCACAAUAGCAAUAGUAAGGAUUGCUGCCGCUGCCUUGUGCCGUGCUCAGCGUGGAGCUCAAAUAUUAUAUGUUUUCCGUCAAUCAGUGCCGUGCCCCCGAACAGGUGGACUGGACUUGAUCCGGAUGAUGAUGAGCUUGCGUGGACGGGAAGUACGCUCGAUGAGCCCAUGACUCCACAGAGCUACUCCUCCAUGCGUACUCACAACGACUUCAACCCGUUGAACCGCAGCGUAGCGACUGGCAAUGCCAAAAAUAGCUGCACCAGUGACAGCAUUAUCCAGGGACUUCUACGGCAGGACGGGAAGUGCCCUAAUUGCGCUCUGGCACGUUCGGCCAUCUCGCAGUCUCCUCCAAACAGCACUUUGGGUAAACAAUCCAGUGAAACCCAUCAAAGUGGGAAGAUAAGGGUGGUAAACUCGGCGGUGUCAGAGCAUCUUUCACGCGAGAGUGAGAAACCCCCGUUGUGUGUCACAGUUCAUGGCUCUACGGAGGUGGGUUCUCACUCCAGUAAUCCAAUUUUGACGAACGUGUGUGUUUGCUCCGAAGCGCAUAGCGCGAAGGAGAAGUAUGGUUUAAAAACUCCGACCAAUUUUGCUUCUGGAUCCUUUCCAGGUAAUGAAUCAACUUCUCUUUGGCCACCGGACUCGUUUCCUCCGGAACCCAAGGAGCUUGUGGGCGUCAAUUCUGGCAGAACCCGCUCCCGUCCCGUUAGGGAAAAAGUGGUGGAGUGUCGUUAUGCUCACGAACAAGUGGUUGGGAAAUAUCAGCAUCUGCUCAACGAUAAAUAUGUGAUUUAUCCCAGGUGGAACCUUGGUGUGGGCUCCUACUCCGAGGUGAUGCUUUGCUACAACCUUGAGGAUAAGAUAUACUACGCAAUGAAGGUGAUGGAUCGAGCGAGGCUGCAAAGAAGGGCUUUAGGGGUUGACUCUCCCCUGCAUCGGGUGAAGUGUGAGAUUGCCAUCAUGAAGAAGUUGCGACACGACAAUAUUUUGGCACUCGUGGAAGUGGUAGAUGACCCGAGAAGCCGAAAGAUUUAUUUGGUUUUGGAACUCGCCGAGCUUGGCGAACUGCUGUCGAUGGAGAACGAUGGCACUGUGGUUCCCACGGGCGAUAGGAAGGCACUUACCGAGCAUGAGGUUGUGCGUGUGAUGCACAGCAUUGUCUCGGCAGCCAUGUACGCUCACCAACUCGGCAUCGCCCAUCGUGACAUUAAACCGCAAAACAUUGUACUCACUGCGGAGGGCGAUGCGAAGCUUUCGGACUUUGGUGUUUCUAUUAUCGUGGGAGACUCGGCUGUGCGUGUGCGACGUGAGGGAACUGUGGCCUUUCUGCCGCCAGAGAUGUUGGUGUCUUCAGAAGUGCUGGCGGCGCCUUCGUGUCCGCGCCAAUCCAGUAGUUGUAGCAGCAGUAACGGAAAUUGCACGACGAUAGUGUCUGCGACGACAUCUUCAUACUUGACGCAGGGAGUGAAAAAAGGGAUUUCCACCGUCUUUUCAGCAUCGUUGAAGAAAGACUUGUUCGGAGAGCCGUGCAAUCAUGCGGAAGAAGAGGCCGGUCAAGAGCCCACCCUGCAGUUUUCCCCGCCGAAGCCGACAAGAGUCAGCGCGACGUCACCAGCGGCGGGCUCAGACGCCAUCCCCCAGGUAGACCUCUUCAAGGCAGACGUUUUCUCUCUGGGCGUCACGGCGUUUGUGCUUCUUAUGGGACGACUGCCUUGGCGUGCGCGCGAUGUUCGCUCACAGCGGCAGGCCAUCCUCUCCGAUCCCGACCCGUUUGGGGCGGAGCCCCGAAGCGCCUGCGGGGUGCCUGAAGACGGCAGCCACCCUCAACGAACGAGCGGCGGCGGGGCUAAUUCACAGCUUUGCCUGGACAAGGGCGCACCGCUGGGUUCUGCAACAACACUGCAUCGGCCGGUUCCGGCAGUGCUGGAUGGUGCGAAGGAGGAGGAGGAGGAGAUGGGGGCUUUCAGGGACGGCAGGUUCCAGCUUGUAGAUGCGAAUGACCUGCGCCCGCUUGGCGCAGAAAAGCCGCGGGGGUGCAGGUCAUUUACGUCACUCCCCCCACCUGAGGAAGUUGCAGAGCACCCGGCGCUGGGUGAGCGUUCUCCGUGCCGCGUAGCUGACGAUGCCUGCGAAACAGGCAAUAAUCCACAGCCAAGUGGUAAACCCAAGCCGCAUCCGCUGAGCAUGGCCUCUUCCGACUCCGGUUUCACAUGGGACACCCAGGCGGCGUAUACUCACAGCACUCUUGCCGGCGGCAACAUCACGGCAAUACAUGCUGGUUGGGAUCCCGGGGAAGAGACGCAUGCGUCAGUUUUUUCAGCAGAUCAAGCCUCCACAGAAGGCGGUAGUGCAGCGACGAAGACUGUCGUUCCUGGCAGCCUCCCACAUUUUGUCCACGCAGCGGGGGGUCAGUUUGACUCUGCGCUCGGCGGAAGCCCGACGCCACAACUGGAGAUGGAGGCGACAAUGGCCUUCCAGCAAACUGCUUUGAAUCCUGUAGACACCAGCGAAGCCCCCACACAUACGGCGGAGGCAGCAACCGCAAACGCAACCGAACAUUUAUGUGUUGCCGACAGACGCCAACCUUUUCUGCCGACAGCGAAGACAAACGGUCCCGUCUCGGCAAACGCGAUUGAUUUUAUUCGCCGUUGCCUGAAUGUGGAUGCUGCGAAGCGCAGCUCUAUGGAAGAGCUCUACUACCACCCAUGGCUGCAGAGUGCCAGGAUGCGUGCUGGAGACGGAACGAGCCCGGUGGAUGUGGCAGCACCAACCCCUUGCCCUGCUGGCCUGCCGACCGAAACACAAAGCGCGAAGCACGUCGGGGAAGACACGAGCAUGUCUAGUUCUGAUCCUGAUGGGGAGCAAGCUCGCCUGACGAGUAAAGGAGGAACUGAUGAGGCGAUGCUAGCAGCAUUAGGUGAUGACAAGGGUAGUAGCAGAAACAAAGGCAGUGAUACCGACGGGGAUGUCAGAGACGGUAGGGAUUUUACAUCCCCACUCAUGAAAAACGCAUUCUCUGUAAAUGCGCCAGUUUCGGUUUCCGCAUGUCGGUUAUCCUCGGAACAGACGGUAUCAUUUGGGAAAGUGGGCCCUGCCAAGCCAGCUGACUCAGACACAGAAGGUGGGGCGCGGGUUCAGCUCCUGGCCAGGGUCCUCUCCAGCGGGGCGCUCGCCGUUUCAGAGUUAGUGGCACUGGCCAGUGAGUCACAUAAACCCGACGGAGCGAAGGGUGUCCUGCGAAGCCAUAGCUGCGGGGAGUUAUUGUCCGCAGGUAAUUGCUUCGCAGCAGGUUGCCGCAGUCCCAGGAAGGCCAAAACGUCUUUUCUUGCCCCUUCCUCUCCGUCCCCUUAUUUUUAA